AAGAGUUAAUUUUAUUUUUAGCACUAUUCAGCUUCAAUGCUUACCUACCCAUACCAAUCUAAUUAAUGGCUCCUGACUUCAAAUUAGUAAACCACUUCUUAAGUUUCUUGAUGAUCCUCACAUUAUGUGAUUGGCGAGUCUCUCGCCGUUGGAUAAAAAAAUUCCACAAUUAGAAAAUAUUUUGUUCCUGGACGGGGAUUUGAAUACAGGAAUAAUGCCUAUUUUUACCAUUUAUCAUACUUGUAAUCGAUUGUCUUUAUAACUGUAGGUCAACCGGGCGUUCUUACUUCAUACGAAUGGCUAAAACAACACAUGCCACAGAAUUCAAAAAUUGGAUAUGAUGCAACAUUACUGUCUGUCAGUACUUUUGAACGUUACGAAGCUGCCAUCAGUGAAGAUCCCAUCCGGAAUCUAAAGAUGAUAGAGAUUACCGAAAACCUGGUAGAUGAGAUAUGGGACAGCAGACCGAACUAUCCAAACGAACCGCUUAUUGUACUUGAUGAAGAAUUUUCAGGAAAAAAGUGGCAGGAAAAACUUAGGGAGCUACAGACGAGACUUAAGGAAGAGAAAGACGAUGGUACAACUAUUGGUUCACUAUUGGUGACAAAGCUUGAUGAAAUUGCAUGUAAGAAACAAUCGUUGUCUGGAAAUCUUUGUGUUCAGCUACAUUCAUACGAAGAUUUCUUAGUUGACGUUGAGAAAUUAAAUGAUGACCAAACUUGGGUUAGUGACGCAUCUGCAAGUUACGCUGUUUACAAAAGAGUAGACGAGGUAUGA